AAAAAAAGGUUUCUCGAUUUAAUUAUUAUCUUCUUCUCUGCUCUUUUGUCCUUCGAGAAGGUUCGUGUUAGGGUUUCGAACAUGGCGGACCCUGUUUUGACUGCGGUUAACGUUCGUCCUCUUAAGAUUGCGAGGUAUCACGGAGCUUUCGAAGGAGCAUCGAAAUCAAUGAUCAACAAAAAGCGCGAUCUCAAGUCGAGAAAUUUGGAAGAUGAUGAAUACGUGCGUCAAUACAUUCAGUUUCACUAUCAGUUCCAGAAAUCCGAGGGUUUCGCUGUCGAUUGGGAUGGAUUUGAUUACGCCUUCCACAUAAGAUCGUUGGAUAAUCCACCACGAGGUUUUUGCACUACACGAAGCCCUGCCGAGAUUGUUCGUGAGGUGACACUCCUUGCGAUCAAGAAACAAAACGAAGCCAAGGGAACAAAACUUGUGUUGGAUGAGCACAUUCAGGCUAAUUUCCAAUUUUGUAAUGGUAUUAUGUGUUGGUUGUCAUUCUGGGCUGUGGAUAUGAAUUCAUCUACCCCUGAAUCCAAAAUCUAUCAAGCUAAACUGUGGAAACGUGGAAAAGAGCAUGAACUUCUCCUUUUCAGGCUCAAGCCUACUGACGAAGACAUUGCUUCUGUUCAAGUGGAGCCUCCUUCUCCCUUGCAAUGUGAAGACUCUGAAGAAGAAGCUAUAGUGUUUGCACGAGCUGGUCCGGAAGAUGAUCCUGGGGUCCCCUUUGUUUUCCGUCGAACUGGAGCUGAUCCUGGACUCCCCUUUUUUUCUUAUCCAAUCGGUGGUGGAGUCCCCACUGUCUUAUAUUGAACUGGAGUUGGUCUUGAUCCCAAUAGCUUUGAUCCGUAAUAUAAAAAAAAAAGAAUGCAGAUGUAUCUCAUUUACAUUUAUGUUUCAUAAUUUAGUUGUCAAACCUGGUAAGAUUAUUAUUUUUUCGCUUUUUCAUUUAAAAUUUAAGAUCUUGAACAUGAUAUUCGUUAA